AAAGACGAGCGACAACAUUCUUUGACACUCACGAUUUUCUUCUGACUUGUAUAGUCGUAUAUUUUACAGUAUACAAAUCCCCUUCCUCCUUUUUACUCCCUCGACUAGUCAACCAAGAUACUUUUUGUCGCACCACCACCACAACGCCCACGAAUAUACGCCGAGCACCCUCCUUUCAACUCAGACGCUAGUUUCAUAGUCGACUACGAGAAACACACGAGGAUAGUCAUGCAAUCCAAAUUUAUACAAGUUCUACCGAGUUUUGUGCUUGUGUUUACACUGGCCAUCACAUCAGGUGAAGCCCUCAAGUGCUAUGAAUGCAUUGCCGUGGGUACUGGCACCGAUGAAUGUAAUGGCGAUAUUGUGGUGAAAUCUGGAGACAAAAAUCUAGUUGAGUGUGACUUACGAAGCAUGGAAUUUUUUCACAGUAGACUCCAGGACAAUUCUGCGUUAACUAGUAUUUCUAGUGUUUUUGCUGUUGAUUCACCGAAAACGUAUCGGUCACAGACUAAAAUGCCGAUGUCUUGUGUUAACAUUGGAAUGAAAGUUGGACCAGAGAAAGUAAUCCUGAGAACCUGCCAAACAGCACAAACAGAAACAGUGAAGCCCUGCGCGGUAAUAAGAGAUAAAAUUAAAAAAGAUUUUUCAAAUACAGUCACAGUAGACCACUGUGAAAUAUGCGAAGGAGAUAAAUGCAAUGGCUCAGGCAUCAAAUCAACUUCGUACAUUGUUACAGUACUUCCUCUCUUCAUAUCUCUUCUAGGAGUUUUUUAUCGCUCAGCGUAACAUCUUUAUAUUUAGUUUAAGCCAAAGAAACACGCGUGAAGAAUAAAAACACAAGGAUAACAUAAAGAUAAGGAAAAGAAUAGAGUUGGAAAAAGAGUGGUGAUAGAGAAGAACAGAAAGUGUAAAGGCGUACUGUCUGCUAAUUUAAGCAAUAUUUCUCGAACCUGCAGUCUACCUACUCACACUUAAGUCUAAUCAUUUAGUUCGUACUUGGCUUUGUACUUAAUUGCCGUGGCCUAAUUUUUUGCAUUAACGUUGACGCGGUAUUGAGACCGAAAAGAAUGACUAAUGUCGUAAGAAGUUAAACAAAAAUAAUUAUUGAGGUACUUGCUUUGCUCGCCUAUGACACUACAGCAUCUGUCAUGUUGUUUGGUCUAUUUUUUUGCUUAAAAAUUUUAAAUUAAUAAAUUUGCGUAUCAAAAAACAUUAGAACUUCCGAAGAAAUUUUUUUGUGUAUUGAGUUCAGCCAAGUACUCACUCGCAGACGCUGCAUAUUAUAAAUAUAUUAAGACUUAUAAAAUAUUAAUUAUGAACUAAAUGUAAUAGUUAAUAAGUACACUGAGUGGAAAGAUUAUUUUUCAAAUAAGGUGAAAUAAAUGAUAAAAUAUUAUUUUUACUUUAUCGAACAAAGUGAUUUUCUCUAAACAAUUGAUUGACAAUAGAAUUUAUUUGAAACAAUAUAACUGCUUGAUAAGUAACUAAGUAAUUAUUUAUAUUUUUUUACAUAAAAAAAUAAAUUAUUUAAUUCGAAGUAAACUCGUCUCUCAGUGUAGAAUAUUUUUAUUCGAGUAUUUUUUCUAUUUGAAUAUA